AUGAGUAGCCCCUCGUCAUCUCAAGACCACCCGCCCCCCAGACACUCACACUCGGCUGAAAAAGACGGUGGCAUAGAAUUAAAGCGAAUAAGGGCCCUGGUGAAUUAUAUGGUCACACAGCCAUCGAGGCAUUCAAUUCUAUGUUCAUUUUCGGAGGAGAAAGAGCCGGACUUUUGUUGCGAGACUUAUGGAGAUUUCAUUUCAGUUAACACUGAACAGUGGGAACGCAUUAAUGCCGAAGGGAUUAUACCAAACUCCAGGUGCAGACAUGUAGCCCUCGCCAACCCAUUUCUCGAUAUUACUAAAGAGGUCGAGGAAUCCAAUAAUACUAAUAAUACCAAAAACAACAAAAUUCUUCGUUUGAGUUCAAAAUCCAAUUGUGUAUCGAAUUCUGCGAAUCAAAGUAAAUCAAUAGUAACGGCGCCCACAAAGUCCAUAUCCAUGUGUUUCGGACAACCCACUGAUACACCACUCCAUGAAAACGGAAAAGCAUUAAAGCAUUUAAAAUUCAGAGUCCAUCCUAUGUCUGGUUUCUGUAGCGGCAGAAGUGCCACACUUUCUGAUGAUGACGACGACGUCGAUAAUGGUGUCAACACUAUUGCUAAUGAAAACUAUGGAACAGAAUUUGAACGGAACCCUCAGGUGACUAUGAGAAAAAGUCUCAAAGAGAAGAUCUCGAGAGGAAGCCGUCUCGUGAGGAGUAUUUCGACAAAUAGUUACAAUAUUUUGCACCAAAAUAUAAUAUCGACCGAAGAAUUGAAGGACGAAUUGGAGAAAUUAGUGGAGGAGGCGACGCCUCAAAUGCAAAGACCCAACACAAUGACCAAUAAAUCUGAAGGAACUUACCAUCGGUUGAAGAAUCGGUCAAAAAUGCCCAAAUCUAUCAGUUCUAACGCUGUGUUAGAGUCUGACAGCGAGUCUUCCACUCCUCAACACCGCCCAACCCGUCCGCUCUCUGAAGUCAUACAAACACAAUCAGUGGUCACACCUCUGGAGGACGAUCUCAAGUGGAUUAAGAGGCGCACUGUUCACGAGUCGAUGUCAUACUAUAGUCUUUGCUUUCCUUCGCCACCGAAUCGCAGUAAAAGCGGAUCCGAGUCGUCGACCACUUCUAUCGAUAAUAACAUCUCUGGACAACAACUGCCCAAUCGUUUCAUUCCUUCCAAUUUUGACAGAUCUCUCUCGGAGUUUGACGAAGACUUAGAGAAUUUACAAUUAAUUGGAAAUAUUCGUCCGAUUGAUGACAAGAGCGACAAAAGCCUUUCCCCUGAGGAGAGGACAUCCACCUCCACAUCGACAUCGACUCCGCUCAUCGAACUGGACGAUCAAAACGCCAAUAUUAUGACCAUUUCAUCGCCAGUUGAGUGCAGACCCAAGUCUAGUGGCUAUAACUCGUCGCUCACUCUUUACACUCCAAGUGUUGAGAGCAGAGGUAUUCCUCAUUCAGUUUCGCACAGUUCGGGCUACCAGUCCUUUACGGAUGAAGCCAUGUAUGAACACAGAGACUUCGCCGGCGCUCUUCAAACUGCUGCCAUUCCUCGGCGAAUGUCUGGCCGACAGACAAGAGAUCUCAUGGAACUGAAGAACUUGAGCGCAAAACUUGCGGAGCAGAUACAGAUUCAAAGCCAAAUGGCAGAAAACGGUAAUCCGUUGCCAACACUUAGAUUGUCAUCAAAGGAGAACCGGGAGAAUAGGGCCCGUUCUUGGGAUAGAGCCUCCAGUAGAAGGGAGUCAUACCUGAGUUCCAGAGGAACGAUGACUAAUGGCUGCGAGAAUACAAAGAUCUCGUGGCAGCCAAACAUCAAUGUCAUUAAGGAAGUGGUGGUUCCGGGCUCUCCGGCCAGUCGUAAGUGGUCUUACAGUCCGGCCAAAUCCAAACUACAUCAACACCAUUGGCAGCUCUGUAUGUUUAUCUUCGGCGGUAAAGAAGAAGGGGUUAAUGGUGUCUACAAACAGCCGAUGACUGUCUGGAAGUUUUAUGUCUGAAACUAAUCAAACCAUUCAUCUCUGGUUUAUUGUACUAAUUGUUUAAAUUAAUUGAUUGUUUGUCUGAAUAUUGUUUUUUGGGGUCAGUUUUGAACUGAUUUUGAGAAUACGAUUCAAUGCAUACGAGAAAUACUCAUUCAAUUGACAUCUC